AUGUCAGCGCGCUUUCCAGAUAGGUCGCGCUCGAAGCGAUCUCGAUCUCGGUCACCACACUCCGACUACCACCAAAAAUACGGCCGGCGGUCUGACGAGCGAGACCAGAGAUAUGACAGCAACAGAUACCGUGAUCGCGAUGCGCGACCGGGGCAAUCUCAUGCUCGAGGCAUGAAAGAUCAGAUGCGGCUCAAUCAGCUACAGGAGGACGAGCGAGUGCGCGAGUGGGUGGCACAGGAGGACGUCUUUGUACUCAAGCAGGCCAAGAAGAAGGCAGAGAUACGAGUGAAGGAAGGCCGCGCGAAACCGAUCGACUGGCUUACGGUGAUGCUACGGGUGAUUGACCCGACGAGAAACCCUCUUGAUGACGAGAUUGCGGAUUCGGAGAUGGAUUUGAUAGACCCGGAGGGUGUAUUCGAGGGAUUAUCGGAGACGCAGCUGGGAGACUUGGAGAAGGACAUUGAUACAUUCUUGGGUCUGGAAUCAAAUUCUCAAAAUAGAGACUACUGGAAGACCAUGAGGGUUAUUUGUAAAGACCGGCAGAAGACGACAGCUCCUGAGGGACGUGCGCUCAAUUCGGUUGCUGCGGACAUCAACAAGCUUCUUAGUCCGAAAUCCUACGAGCAGCUACAAACACUGGAAGGGCAGGUCAGGAGGAAGCUAGACUCCAAUGAACCUAUCGAUACAGAUUACUGGGAGGAGCUCUUGCGCAGUCUCACCGUGUGGAAGGCUCGCGCAAAGCUGAAGAAGGUCUACCAGGCUGUCAUAGAUGAGCGCGUUCGCGGACUGCGUCAGCAACAGCGCGAGGAAGCCGAGUCAGUUCGUACCAAGCUGGCGCCGUUGGCACCCGUCCGGAGCGGCUCUGCGAACAACGAGGAAGAGUUCCGUGAUCUCGAUCCCGAUCCGUUACUCCAGAUUCGUCCACAAGACAAGGUAUAUGAGGUAAUAGAUGAGGAGGCCUUCCUCGAUCAAGUGGCCCGUGAACGUCAGAAGCUCUUGAAAAUGGGUUAUGUCCCUCUACGCCAACGCCAAACUGAGAAGACAUCGACUCCUGUUGUGAGCAACGUUGCAAAUACUCCUGUGGCCAGUAACUCGACCCGCUUCUCAUCUAUCCCCAAUGAGGACUUCUCUCAAGCAACAAAGGCUCUAUACGAGAGAGAACUCGCCAAGGGGGUCAGUGAGAACGAGGAGAUCUUUACCGGGGAAGAGUCUGUCAGUACAGACACACAGCCCCAAUGGGCGAACAAGUACCGGCCUCGCAAGCCAAGAUACUUCAACCGUGUUCAAAUGGGAUACGAAUGGAACAAGUAUAACCAAACACAUUACGACCACGAUAAUCCUCCGCCAAAGGUUGUCCAGGGGUACAAAUUCAAUAUCUUCUAUCCCGACCUUAUCGAUAAAACGAAAGCGCCCACUUACCGGAUAGAACGGGAACAUGGAAGAAAACGAGGUCAGUCAUUCGCCGCAGCUGGAGAGGAGGAUACUUGCCUUAUCCGGUUUAUGGCUGGACCACCAUAUGAAGAUAUCGCGUUUCGCAUCGUCGACAAAGAGUGGGACUACAGUGCCAAACGUGAGAGGGGGUUCAAAAGCACAUUUGAAAAGGGGAUUUUACAACUGCAUUUCCAGUUCAAAAGAAUCUACUACCGCAAAUGA